AUGGUGCCCGGAGUGCCCGAGACUUCGGGGGAGGACUCCAGUCCGAAGCGGCGACGCAGCGGGGCAGGUGGAGCAGAGGGGCCCUCUGGGCGCGGAAAGAAGAACAAGGCACCACCGGAUGGCUUCGAUUGGCAAGUGCUCAAACAGCUGCUCAGUGAACAGAAGGAGGCGAUCGUCCGCGAAACUAAGGACCAAACUGUCGCCCUGGUGCAGUCCCUCGACAAGAAGGUGGACCUCAAGCUGCAACAGGUAGACCACACCAUGCAGGCUAUGACACAGAGGAUGCAGGCGAUGGAAGACAGGGUCGCCAAGAUGGAAGGGGACAGUACUGCCGGCCGUGGCCCGGACAUGGGAGACGGGGCGCGCAGACGCACCACCUUAGUCUUCGGGGGAUGGGAGAUGGAUACGCCCAGGCAGACGAUUGUGGCUGAGGUUGAGGAAGCUCUCGCUAAGCUGGGGCUCUCUAAGUUCACCGAUACUGCCGCCUUCACGACUGGACCCAGAAGAAGUGUGGCCCUCAUGAACUUUGCGCUUAGGCCUGGAGAGUCGGAGACAGAUUGCAGAAGGAGGAUGCACGAGAUCGUGUCAGGGGUGGCCGCUGCUAAGCCUUUCACCUCGCACCAGCGCAGGAUGUGGGCCACGUACUCGAAGACCAAGCAGCAGCGCGAUGUGGCCGGCCACUGCUCCUGGACCAAACGUACCCUGGCGAGCUUCAACAAGGAACUCUUGCAACACAUUGACGCGGAGUACGGCACGGGGACCAUCUGGCUGGGAGACAAGGUCGUGGCUAGUGUUGCUCGUGCGCCACCGCAGGGGACCGAAGGUGAAGCAAUGCUGUGGGAUGACGAGAAGCCAGGGACUCGGCCGUGGGUGGACCUUGGGGCGAUCGCCAAGUUCUCGGGGCCCCUCACGCCUGCGCUGUGCAUGACUCCUUUUCAUUGCGAGCAGAUGCUGGUAGGGGUCCAGUACAGGGUGGUGGCUGAUGUGAUGGCUCAGCUGCCGAAAGAUGCCUUGCUCUCCUUUCAGGAAAUGUGCAGGGAUACGCCGGGAUGGCAGACGGCUUUCCAUGGAACUUGGACGACUUUGCAACACCGACAUGCUGAUGUUUGGCGAGGUACGGGUAUUACUUUCAAUGCUGCUCGCUGGAAGGUGAUGCGGAAAAAGGACGACGGGGACCCGGACGAGUCAGUCUAUAUGCAGGGCCAGGUUGUUCGCAAGCGAAAGUACACCAACGACAUCAAGGAUGGAGCUUCCCCUGCGGUGGCGACGCCUACCGAGCAAGACCUCCAACAUGAGCGAGAAGAACGAGAAUGGCAGGACCGCAUCAGGGGAGAACGUGAAAGGCAGCAGCUUGCACGUGAGGCUGAGGAGGCUGAGUGGGAGGCUAUGCAGGAAGCAGAUGCACUACGGCUGUGGCGCACCGUGGACGUGGAAGCCUUGCCGCCGCCCUCUGCCACCAUCCACCACAGGGUCAGGGUCAUGGUUGAGCCGAUUCCGGCUGUGGACACAGGGGGGACAGCGUCGUCGAGCGUGCCGCCGGCUGCGGUCAUGGAGUGCAGAGUUCCCCGACUUGUUCGUGGAGGCCUUCGGCUGAGCAUCGAGUUGGGAGAGGUUGGAGUGCCGGCUGACGACCCCGAUGGCUCGGAGGCGCCUCCUGGUGCUACAUCGUCCUUCCACCGCUUGCCUCAGGCGCUCCUACCUGUGGCACCUCAUGCAGAGCGGACUGGUGCUACGGAGCUGCUUUCCUUGAAUGCUGCAUAUGAGGCAUGGGCUCAGGGUCACUACACGGACAGCGACAUUCGGGGGAUGUACGGGGAUGACGUUGCCUCUACGUUCUUGGCCCAGUGGCUCGCAAUGCAGGAAGACCUACUGGAUAGUGAGGUCAUCAAUUCGAUGAAGAGGCACAGUGCCGUGGAGACAGGUGGGCGGGCCGGCGUCACAAAGGUGAUGCAAGAGGUGCAGUUGGACUCCAAGGUGACCUUAAUCGAUUCCCCCGGCGUGGUCUUCGAGGGGGAUUCUGAGGAUCCCUCCGUGGUGCUGCGCAACGUCGUUCGGGUCGAGUCUAUCUCCGACCCUGUGGCCGUGGUCGAAGCCCUGGCAGUGAAGGCACCGCGACAGGCACUUCUCGAUUUCUACGGCCUCCAAGCAGAUUUUCAGCAAGU